AAAUGACUAGGUGACCUUCCUCGUAUUGACUACUCCAAAGCUACAAUAGUAAAUGUUCUUUGCUUUCUGCUAUAUAUAACUCAAUAUUAUUGAAUAGAGGAACACAACAAAAAUUUCUUGAUUUCUUCUCUACCAACUUAAUUUUUAUAAUUUUUAGUACAGAAAUGGGUUAUCAAAAACUUGCAUUGUUUCUGCUAUAUAUAGCCUUUCUCUGUCAACUUGUUUCCUCUUCAUCCUUACCUCAUUUAUGCCCCAAUGAUCAAGCCCUUGCUCUUCUUCAAUUCAAGCACAUGUUUACCAUAAAUCCUAAUGCUUCUGAAUAUUGUAAGUUUUCUCAUCCAAAAACAGUUACGUGGAACAAGAGCACAGAUUGCUGUUCAUGGGAUGGAGUUUAUUGUGAGGAGACGACUGGACAAGUGAUUGAGCUUAACCUCCAAUGCAGCCAACUACAAGGCAAGUUUGAUUCUAACAGUAGCCUCUUUCUACUCUCCAAUCUCAAAAGGCUUGAUUUGUCUCAUAAUAAUUUUUCCGGGUCGCUCAUUUCGCCUAAAUUUGGUGAGUUUUCUAGUUUGACACAUCUUGAUUUGGUGGAUUCAGGUUUUUCUGGUCAAAUCCCUUCUAAAAUCUCUCAUCUUUCAAAAUUAUACGUUCUUCGUAUAGAGAGUAAUGAUCCAUAUGGGCUUAGAUUAGGACCUCACAAUUUUGAACUGCUCCUUAAGAACUUGACCCAAUUAAGAGAGCUUGACCUUACCUAUGUGAACAUCUCUUCCACCAUUCCUCUAAAUUUCUCUUCUUUUUUAACAACUCUACUUCUUUCGGGCACACAGUUAUUUGGUAUAUUGCCCGAAAGAGUUUUCCACCUUUCCGACUUGAAAUCUCUUUAUUUAUCAUCGAAUCCCCAGCUCACUGUUGGGUUUCCCACAACCAAAUGGAAUAGCAGUGCAUCUCUCAUGGAGUUAGGUCUCAGUGGUGUGAAUUUUACUGGUAGGAUACCUGAAUCAUUUAGCUAUUUAUCUUCAUUGCAAACAUUGUACAUGAGAUCUUCCAAUCUCACAGGGCCCUUUCCUAAACCUAUAUGGAAUCUCACCAGCAUAGUAAGGUUAUCUCUUAGGGGAAACAACUUGAAUGGCCAAAUUGAGUGCUUAUCUUGUAAUCAAAGCUGGACAAAACUUUGGGACUUAGAUUUUUCAUCCAAUUCCCUAACUGGUCUAAUACCUUCUUGUAUAUUCUCCCUUCCUUCACUAAUUGAUUUAGACUUGAGCAAUAAUAGUUUCACUGGCAAAAUUCAGGAUUUCAAGUCCAAUACAUUGGAUACAAUUGUUUUAAAACACAAUCAGCUGCAAGGUCCUAUUCCAAAGUCACUCCUAAACCAGCAAAGCCUAUCUUAUCUUCUCCUUUCUCAAAAUAAUCUCAGCGGACAGAUUGAUUCAACUAUCUGCAAUCUGAAAACAGUGAAAGUGCUAGAUCUGGGAAGUAAUAAUUUGGAGGGAUCAAUCCCCCAAUGUUUGGGUGAGAUGAGUGAGCUUUUGGUUUUGGAUUUAAGCAACAAUAGUCUAAGUGGGACAAUUAAUACAACUUUUAGUAUUGGAAACACACUCAUGAUCAUUAAAUUGGAUGGGAAUAAGCUACAGGGGAAAGUGCCACGAUCUUUGAUCAAUUGCAAGUAUUUGGAACUCCUUGAUUUAGGUAACAAUGAGUUGAAUGACACAUUUCCAAAUUGGUUGGGAACCCUACCUGAUUUGAUGAUUUUAAGUUUGAGAUCAAAUAAGUUGCAUGGCCCUAUAAAAGAUUCAAGGGCUGAAAACUUGUUUGCUCAAAUUCGAAUAAUAGAUCUCUCAUCCAAUGGAUUUAGUGGAGAAUUACCGGUGAGCCUUUUUGAGAAUUUCCAAGCUAUGAAAAUAAUUGAUGAGAACAGUGGAACCCGAGAGUAUGUAGCAGAAACUGUUUCUUACACAAGUUCUUUGAUAGUGACAACAAAGGGAUUGGAUUUUGAACUUUCUCGUGUUUUGACAACAAACAUAGUUAUUGAUCUCUCUAACAAUAGAUUUGGAGGUUAUAUUCCAAGUAUUAUUGGAGAUCUCAUUGGGCUUCGUACGUUGAACUUAUCUCACAAUGGCUUGGAAGGUCAUAUACCAACAUCACUACAACAACUAUCUGUGCUUGAAUCACUGGAUCUCUCAUCUAACAAAAUUGGCGGAGAAAUUCCGCAACAACUUGCAUCCCUCACAUCACUUGAAGUCUUAAAUCUCUCUCACAAUCAUCUUGUUGGAUGCAUCCCCAAAGGAAAACAAUUUGAUACGUUUGAGAACAGUUCAUACCAAGGGAAUGAUGGAUUACGAGGUUUUGCACUCUCAACAGAUUGUGGUGGUGAUGAUGGGGUACCACAAGCGACAACUCCAGUUGAGCUAGAUCAAGGAGAAGGAGAUUCAGCAAUGAUCAGUUGGCAAGCAUUUCUCAUGGGUUAUGGUUGUGGUCUAAUUCUUGUAUUGUCUGUAAUAUACAUAAUGUUGGCAACCCAAAAUCCAGCAUGGUUUUCGAGGAUGGUUGAAGAAUUGGAAUAUAGAAUUAUUACGAGAAUGAAAAGACACAAGAAAAGAAAUUAGUGCGUAACCUCUAGGUGUUCAACUUGAUUUCUAUCCUUCAAAAUGUUAUUUUUUUAUUAGAUUAUUAGCAGAGUUCAUGGCCUCAACUUGUACAAUUCAUCCUCAUUAUAAUUAGUUGAGUAAUUGGGCUCAAGCAUAAAGUCAGUUAAUAAAUUAUUGAGGUUAUCUUGA